AUGACGAUGAAGUUUCUACCGCCGAGACAGCUUGGCAUUGCUAUUGGCUUCUUGAUCCCGCCGGUUCUUGUGCCCAACGUGGAUGACAUGAAUGAACUGGCUCAACACAUCAGCGUCAUGUUCUACAUCACAGCCGCUGUGGCCAGCCUCAUCUUUCUGCUGGUCGUGUUUGUGUUUCAGGAUAAACCCGAAACCCCUCCGUGUCUGGCUCAGGUCGCUCUCAGACACAUGCCCACCACACAGUACUCAUACCUGGCUUCAAUCGCAAGACUUUUCCACAACAAGCCCUUCAUCCUCCUCCUCAUCAGCUACGGCCUGAACGUUGGAUGUUUCUAUGCCGUUUCCACCCUGUUGAACAGGAUGAUAAUAGAGCAUUACCCUGGUGAAGAGGUGAAUGCUGGGAGAAUUGGCUUGACUCUUGUCAUUGCUGGCGUGGUCGGCUCUCUGCUCUGUGGAAUCUGGCUAGACAAGACCAAAACUUAUAAGGAGACAACGCUCUCAGUGUAUCUGCUGUCGUUUGUGGGGAUGGUGAUCUACGCAUUCACCAUAAACUUGGGUCAUCUGUGGGUUGUGUUCCUUACAUCAGGACUGCUGGGGUUCUUCAUGACGGGUUAUCUGCCGCUGGGCUUUGAGUUUGCAGUGGAGCUCACGUACCCAGAGUCAGAAGGAACAUCAUCUGGACUGCUCAACUGCUCAGCACAGAUGUUUGGAAUCACAUUCACCAUCAUUCAAGGCAAAAUCAUUGAUCACUUCAGCACACUGGCCGGAAACAUCUUCCUCUGUGUGUUCCUCCUCAUCGGCUCCAUCAUGACAGCACUCAUAAAAUCUGACCUGCGGCGACAGAAGGCCAACAGUCAGCCUCAGACAGAGGUGAUCGCUGACUCAUUCGUCAAUUCCCAAGAUGGGAAAUCAUUACCACUAAAAGAGGUGAAGAUGUAAAGAUGGAAACCAUCGGAAUCAACUCUCUUCAACACGUGCAUCACAACUCCAUAUGAACCAUCAUACACACAAAUCCUCCUGAACUU